AGUGUCCUCACUGCACAUAGAGAGUAAUCACUGUACUAAGUCAGUUCAGGUUCAUAUUCAGAAAAUAUGAACACAGACCAAAGCACAUCAGAAAAACAAUAUGAUCCAAGUGAUACAACCCUGAAAUUUGUGAGAGGAAAGGAUGAAAUAGCAGGAGAUUAUGAUCCAAAUAUUUUACGGGCAGAAAUGUCUUGCGGGCAUGCAGUAGAUCCCAAUUCAUUAACAGUUUGGUGCAGAACCCUUAUAACCCAGAAUCACUACAAGUUUCACUGCCCUGCAUUAAAAGAUGGGACAAAUGAGAAAUGUGGAAAGGAGUGGCCAUACCAAGAAGUUAGGAAACUGGCACUUCUGACAGACAAGGAACAACAUGACUUUGAAGAACAUCUUGCUGCUUUGGCUGCAGCUGAAUACUGUGAAUUUAAAUUGUGCCCAAGCUGUCACAGCAGUGUUGAACGAAAGGAUCUGACCAAUUUAAAUGUCUGCUGCUUGAUCUGCACAGCUCAGUUGGGAAGACCCUUUGAGUUUUGCUGGCAAUGUCUAAAAGAAUGGAAGGGCUCAGCGCCACGAGCAGAUCGAUGUGAAAAUACUGAAUGCAAGGACAGACGCCUACAAAUACUAAAUACUUGUAAACUUAUAAAUUUAGGAGAAACAUUGAAAAAUUGUCCAUCAAUCCGGGCUUGUCCAACAUGUGGACAGCUACUGGAGCACAACCAAACAGGCUGCAAAAAUAUUUUCUGCACUCGAUGCAAAACUGAAUUUUGUUUUGCAUGUUUGGAACUUACUCGGGUUUGUCAAGCAACAAGACCCAAUUCCUAUUACACAGCUUGUGCUAAACCAGUAGUCGCCAUACAAACGUCCAUUCCUACAUGGAAUAGACAUGCACCUCCCUCGGAUAAAUCCCGAAAUCAUUCAGCAGAUCAGUCACCGAGCCCCAGCUGGUGCUUGUUGUGUUAAUAGUGGUUAUACUUUUGUUUUAUGCUAGCCAGGCCCCCAAUGGUAUACCACACACACACACACACACACACACACACACACACUCACACCUAGUGCCAAUUUAGAGUGUCCAGUCUACCUACUGCAUGUCUUUGGAAAAUGGGAGG